GAGAGAAAAUCUCCCCAGACAGAGAGAAAAUCUCCCCGGCAAGCGGUUUUUCGGCCACCAUGUCCUACGGGCUCCUGGGGACCCUCCUGCUCCUCCUGCCAGGAGGUGCCUCGGCAGAGGGGGGACGGGUCCUGCAGAGCCCGGGGCAGCUCUGGGUGCCCCCCGGGGGGACGGCGGAGCUCAGCUGUCACGUCUCGGAAAUCAGCAUCGACGUCGACUGGUACAAGGAGAAGCCGGACGGCAGUUUGCACUGGAUUUACCAGAGCUCUAAUGACUCCCAAACAAAGGGAAAAUACUCGGGGAAGAAGAAAGAACAGCGGGAUUUUUCCCUCGCCAUCAGCCCCGUGCAGAGGGAGGACUCCGGGGUUUAUUACUGCAGUUCCUCCAUUUCCUCCACCUUCCAGCCCUCCUUUGGGAACGGGACCAGGCUCGUCGUCACCAAUGCCACCGAGCCCAAGCUCUCCAUCCUGGUGCCUGUCGAUGUGGAAGAACCCAGGGAGGUCCCGGCCAGCAUCCCCCUGCUCUGCCACCUCCGCGACCUCCCUCCGGGCUGGGACACCGUGCUCUGGCAGCCCAGCGGGGAGGUGACACCGGUGACGGCGGCGGCCGUGGACGAGGACGGUGUCCUCAGCGCCUGGAGCAUCACCUGGGUCCCGGCCGAGCAGUGGGAUGGGGCUGCGGCGUGCACGGCCCUGAAGAGGGACACGGGCAGGACCCGCAGCGUCAGCAUCCGUAAGGGAGCUGGGGAGGGUAAUCAGUCAUGUUGUCCCCGCCUCAGAUCCUGGCCUCCAUCCACCCCCUGCAUCCCAAUUCUUCCAGCCUUUCCUUGUCUAGGGAAUCCCAACAUCCCAGUUCUCCCUCAUUGAGACACAUUCGGGAAAUCCCUCGAUCCUUCCAUCCUCUCGCUGGGCUUCCCCCCGCACUGAAAGGCUUUAAACCUGCAUGUCACCCCCCCAGCACCACACUGACCCCCCCAUUUCAGGGGAUACUCGGCCCUGACCCCCCAUUUUGGGGAUGCUUGGCCCUGGCCCCCCCCAUUUUGGGGGACGCUCACCCCUGACCCCCCAUUCCGGGGGACGCUCGUCUCUCCAGAGUACCAAACCCACAUUCUCGCCCCUCUAUUAACUCUCCU